CGUGCACUCGUUUUUGACAUGUCUUAUCGGUUUGUUAAAGUUUCUUUCGGACUAUCAUUUGGUUUAUAGAUAUUAUAGAAUAUACGUGUAGUUCACAAGAAAACAACAACAAAAAACGAAAUGACGAUAGACAAGUUUCUUCUAAUAUGUUCAUUAAGCGUAUUUUUGUACGCAGGGUUUACAUGUGGAUCUAAAAAGAAAGGCGUCGUUGCGUGGGCUACUGGACUUUUGUGUGAUGAUUUUAAAAAUCUUAACAAUAUCGCUUGGUGGUAGGCAAAUGUAUGACUAUAAAAACGACCUCACUACUUAUCACCAGACUGUGACUCAGGCAUGUCCUCACUCUUUUCAUUACAUGCCUGAAUUUAUUCCUCUGAUUUGGAAAUCUAGAUGGAAUGGCGCAAUACACAUGAAUAUUUCAAGCAACGCAUCGUAUGUUAUGGUUUUGAACGAACCCGACCAAGCCGUCCAAACAAACAUGUCUGCCCAGCAAGUAGCUGAUCUUUGGCCAGAAAUCGAAAAACACUCUCAUGAAAAACCAAUCCUAAGUCCUGCACCAGCACAUCAUAAUUUUCAGUGGUUGGAUGAGUUCUUCCGUGUUUGCAAUGGCUGUCGUAUUGACUAUGUAGCUGCGCAUGCGUACAGCUGUAAUGCCAAUCACAUCAUGUCGUAUUUGGAAAAGCUGUAUCAUAGAUACAAUAAAGAAAUUUGGCUCACGGAGUUUGCGUGUCCGAAAUCUACGGAUGAACACCAACAACUGCAUCUGAUGAAAACUCUGUUACCGAAACUUGAGGCGGCACCUUAUGUGCUAAGGUAUUCAUGGUUUAUGGCGAGAGUUAAGCGAAUAUUUGAUGGUGGAUUCAUAACUCCCGCUGCUAGUCUUCUACACAAUGAUUCCUCAACACUCACAAUGAUCGGACAUUACUAUAAUAACUUUAAUGGGACCGGACAUUCUUCACAGAUUGUUGGUUAAUUCAAGUAUUGUGUAAUCACAAAUCAAUAAAUUUUUCUCAUACGCAU